AUGGGGCCGCUCAGCUUGGUGGUAACACUGCUAUUAGCAUUUCCAGCGGUGCAAGCACAGGUUCCUGGGAUCAGUGGCUACACAGUGGCUUGGUACGACGACUUUACAGGCAAGAGCAACACUUUGCCUGACGCAAGCAGAUGGAUUGUCGACACUGGAACCAGCUACCCUGGCGGCCCAGCGAACUGGGGCACGUGGGAAGUCCAGACGUACACCAAUAAUGCCAACAAUGUUCGGGUCAAUGGUGCGGGAAAUCUCCAGAUCACUGCCAUCAAAAACCCUGCCACAGGCGCAUGGACUUCUGGGCGCAUCGAGUCUCGAAGGGCCGAUUUUAUGGCCCCGCCAAAAGGGAUUAUGCGGAUUCAAGCUAGCUUGAAAAUCCCCAAGUUGGGAGGCAACGCGGGCAUUGGCUACUGGCCGGCGUUCUGGACCCUAGGUGCUCAGUACCGUGGCAACUACUGGAACUGGCCGGCUGUUGGAGAGAUCGACAUUAUGGAGAAUGUCAACAACGUCGAUCAGGUCUGGGCCGUGUUGCACUGCGGCACACAGCCCGGGGGAGCUUGUAAUGAGCCUUCCGGCCUUGGUGCUAACAGUGCUUGUCCUGCAAAAGGAUGUGUUGGGAACUUCCACACCUACACCGUCGAGGUCGAUAGGUCAAAGUCUCUGGAGGCCAUCCGCUGGUACGUCGACAAUGUCCAGGUUCACCAGGUCCUCCAGUCGCAACUGCCAGCCGCCACGUGGAGCCAGACCGUUCAGAAGCCUCACUUUGUGUUGCUGAACAUGGCCAUUGGCGGUUCGUUUCCGGAUGCAGUGUACGGUAAGAAGACGCCUCUCAGUACAACGCUUUCUGGAGGGACAUAUGAGGCAGAGUAUGUUGCGGUAUAUUACAAGAAAUGA